AUGACCAUCAUGUCAGGACUCGCUAGGAAGGCUUACGGAAACGCUCCAUUAUCUAUAUUGGUUGUCGCAGUUGCUGCGGGGGUCGGACUGGGUGGAUACAUGCUAGGCAACAGCUUAACAAGAGACCCAACCAUCGUCUACAGCAAUAAACGAGAAAACCCUCAUCCGUUCGCAAAAUUGCCACAAACUACCAAUAUCAAAUUGUAUGCAGUAAAUCAGAAAUUCGAAGGACAAGCUGCCGAGGCUCGCAAACGUCCUGAAUUCUAA